CUCGGCUGCCGAGCGAGGGGCGGGGCCGGCGGGACCUUUUGUUGGCGAGGCGGCGGGACCGCCGGCGAGUCGGGCGCGAGCUGCCGGGCGGGGUCAUGUCGUACAUCCCGGGGCAGCCGGUCACCGCCGUGGUGCAAAGAGUUGAAAUCCAUAAACUCCGGCAAGGUGAAAAUCUGAUUCUUGGAUUCAGUAUUGGAGGUGGAAUUGAUCAGGAUCCUGCUCAGAAUCCUUUCUCUGAAGAUAAAACUGACAAGGGUAUCUAUGUAACAAGGGUGACGGAAGGAGGCCCAGCAGAAGUUGCCGGACUCCAGGUUGGAGACAAGAUAAUGCAGGUGAAUGGGUGGGACAUGACAAUGGUAACUCAUGACCAAGCAAGGAAGAGACUGACAAAGAGGAAUGAAGAAGUGGUACGGCUCCUGGUGACCAGACACUCGCUGCAGAAGGCUGUUCAGCAGUCCAUGAUGUCCUAAUUAUGCAAUAGGCUUGGGGGAGGGGGGCGGAAGGAGGAAUCUAUAGAGUGACACUCCCUUGUUCUAAGGAAGCAAAUACUAGAGCUGCCCAACAAGGUAAAACAUGCACCAUUUUUACUCUAAACCAAGAAUAGUAAAUUCUAGACACUUCAGCAGCAGUUUCUCUUUCAGAAAGGCUUCCAGUAGCAUAUGCUGCAUAAAACAGCACCUUACCCUACUAUGUACACAAAGCUGUAACAGUGACAGGGGAAGAAGUUAGCAGUUCUAUAAAGAACAAGAUGCAAAACACUAAAAUACUUUUCUUAGGGAAGAAACUGUGGAAAAAUGCAAUUAACUUAGGGGGAGAUGAUUCUCCUAUAGUGCAAGAGUUCCCCAUUGCUUAGCAUUUAAAGCUCUGUUAGUGGCUUCUGGAAAGGACUGAAUGAUUAACAGUGGGGAGAGGAGGUAGUGUUUUUACUCUAAGUUUCCAAAAUCUAAUGUUAAGGGUUAGAUUAUCCCUUGCUAGUUCAGGCUCAGGUUUUUAAGAUGCCACAUUUAAGUAAAAGUUUGUAGAAGGUCCAAUGCUGAGUAAUGACAUCUACACUACUUAGUAUCAUGUGCUAGCAAAUGUUAAGCAGAAUAUUUUGCAGUGCUUGAGGGAUAGUUCACUGCAAGAUUUUAGUCUGCUUCACCAAGCAGCUCAUAAAAGGGACACAAGUUUGAACUAGCAGUCGGUGCAUAAACAGAUUAUAAUGGAAGCUGUGUGGGAUUUAGUAAUAAAUUCCAAGACAUUACAGUUGCAAAGUACUUCUAUACAAGAUGAAGUGAUGAUUGCUUCAUAAAAUACUUGGGAACAAUGCCAGCUUUAACAUGCUAUAACUAUUGCAACUGUAGGGCUUGUGUUUUAAAAGAUACUGUAAGUGGGAAAGAGAUGGAAACCUUUGUCAUUGCCGAACAUAAAGGAGACAUUUACAAAG